ACUCACCGAGUCGCCUUCCCUGUCUCGUCUCUCUCUCUCUCUCUCUCUCACACACACAAAACCCUUUUCUCCAAUUCUCUCUCUCUCUCUUCCUCUCUACCUCUGCGCACACGCUUUGUCCAUCUUUCCCUUUGCCUUCGCUCUUUGCCCUCUCUGCCCAUUUUCGUCUUUUUUCAUUCCAUCCUCCGCCUUCGCUCAAUCAGACGGCCCGCCUCUUUCCACGUCACCAUCGUCUUCUUCACCAUUCCUCCCUGCGACCUCCUCUUCCCCACAUGCACACUUAUCUUCUAUAUAAAUACCACAACCGUCUCGACCUUUUGCCUUAGGGUUUCACUUUCACCUUUCAAGAUUCAUCUUCCACAGCAAUUACGUCUCGCUCUCUCUCUCUCCACUUCCGAAAUUCCCCUGCUUUCGCCGUCGAUUCCGCCAUUGAAGCUCUCCUCUGUCUAUCAUGAGGGUUGGGAUUCGGCUUUUUGCGUUGCCUGUGUGAAAUUCGGGGAAUUUGUGAAUUGGGAGUGGUUUUUCCGGCGAGUUGAGUUGUAUUUUUGUUGGCGGGAGAGGGUGGUUUGUCUGGUUGUUAUGAUCCAUGGCUAUUGAGAAAAACAACUUUAAGGUUUCGAGGAUUGAUUCGGAGUUCUCUCCCGGUAGUAGGAAGAGUAUGUCGAGUGAUGAUGAUGAGCUUCAACGGCGUAGCUCCGCCGUGGAAUCCGACGACGAUGAAUUUGACGAUGCUGAUUCCGGGGCGGGGUCUGAUGACUUUGAUUUGCUGGAAUUGGGAGAAACUGGUGUGGAGUUUUGUCAAGUUGGGAACCAGACUUGUAGCAUUCCUUUUGAGCUUUAUGAUCUUCAGGGUCUUGAGGAUAUAUUGUCAAUCGAUGUGUGGAAUGAGUGCUUGACUGAGGAGGAGAGGUUUGGUCUUACUAAGUAUCUUCCUGACAUGGAUCAAGAGACUUAUAUGCUUACUUUGAAGGAGCUCUUUACUGGAUGUAGUUUGCAUUUUGGGAGUCCUGUUAAGAAGUUGUUUGAUAUGCUGAAGGGAGGUUUGUGCGAGCCGAGGGUUGCCCUUUACCGUGAGGGUUGGAAUUUUUUCCAGAAACGGCAGCAUUACCAUCUUUUGAGGAAGCAUCAGAAUACUAUGGUAAGUAAUCUUUGUCAGAUUAGGGAUGCUUGGCUGAAUUGUGGAGGAUACAGUAUUGAAGAGAGGCUUCGAGUUCUGAAUAUUAUGAAGAGCCAAAAGAGCUUGAUGCAUGAGAAGAUGGAAGAUUUGGUGACUGACUCGUCGGAAAGAGAGUCGGAGGAAGGCAUGCGGAACAGCAGGAUCAAGGAUAGGAAAAUUGUGCAGAAAAUGGGUCACCAUUCUGAAUAUGGGAUUGGUUCAAAUUUAGAUAUUCGUGGAGGGUCAUUGGCUUCUGAAUCUGCAAAAUAUGGCAAGCAGAAUCCAAAAGGUACACUGAAGUUGAGUGGGUCCAAGAAUCCUGCAGCAAAGGAGCUUGGGGGGCGCAUAACUUCUGUUUAUUAUGGUCUGGACAUGAAUUCUGGGCCAUACAGUUCAGCAGUAGCUCAGCCUCGACAUAGUAAGAGAACAAGGUACGAAUCAGGGGCAGUCCUCAGAAUGAGGGACCAGAUGAGAAGCAGUGAUGAUGUUGAAUUAUAUGGAAUUGGUGACCAGCAAGAUCGAAUUAGCAUGAUGGAAAAGUCGGGAAUUCUGAAAGUGGGGAGAAAACAUCUUCCGCGAGGUGAUGAAUUACCCUCUGAAAGUUUGAGGGGUUUGCCUCUGUCUUCAAAGACUGAUUUACAUUCCUAUGGUAGGCGAAGGGAUGCGAAUGUUUUAUCAGAGGCAAAAUUUUACACAACAAAGCCUCCUAACAUGAGAGCUCCUUAUGAUUUCCCCAAGAAGGCCAAGCAUCCUGAUAAUUUUCAGCAAUUUGCAGUUGGGGAUCAGAUGAAAUCAUUGAAGGGAAGACUCACGCAUCAAGCUCUGAAAGGAAAUCGAGUUGACUCAUCAGAACGAGCUGAAUCAUUCUGGAAUAGCAGGGGUCAAGAGGAGGCUUUCUCUGUAGAUUCACCUUUUAGAUCUGAGGACUGGAAUGUUCGGAGCAAGAAAUGGAAGGCUGGGAGGGAGUCUCCCGACCUAAAUUACAAAUCUUAUAGAGCUUCGCCACAGAAGAUGAAUGAUAGAUUUUUACCUUCUGAAUAUAGAUCAAAGCAAUUUGAAGAUAUCAGAGCACAGAAUGGAGUUCCCGAUGCAGCAGCCAUUAGGGGUAAUAAUUUGUUUAAUAAAAAUGAAGAAACAGAAUCAGAAUCAUCAGAUCAAUUAUACGAUGAUGAGGAUAGCAACCCUUUGCUGAGAAGCAAGAUGGCUUAUCCCACUGGUGCUGCGGAAGCUUCCCGACCUUCUUUAUUGAAGCCUGGGCAAGGCUUCAAAAAGGCCAAGCUUGUUAAGAAAGAUAAGAAGGGGAAAACACAGGCCAUUGACGGAACCACGUUCUCCUCUAAGCAGAUUGGUGGUUUUGUUGAUCAGGGACACAUGCGGAGCGUAGACAACUACCCUUCAAAAGCAAAACAGAAGGGCAAGAUGCGAGAUAGUCCCUUGAAUGAAUCUCCUGCCAGAGUCUUCAAAGACGACUAUAGUUUGGGCCUUGGUAAAUUUGCUGAUGAUGACAAUGAUCGUGUUUACAAUCUGAUCAAGAAUGGCCAACUGUCUGAGGAACCUGGUGAAGGGUUGCAUUUGCCAUCUGUCAAGGCAUAUCCUGCUGAUGGGAAGCAGAAAAAGGGCAUUACCCGUGAUCCUUCUGCGACCCAUUCGCAUCACUUUGGUGAUUAUGUUGCAGAUGUGGAGGAUGAUUUACCUCUACUACCACGAUUGUUGGCAGAUGGUAAGAAACAAGGGAAGUUGAGGAAGAAAGGUAAGAAUACUAAUGUGAGUGAUCACUUUGAAAGAUCUGAAGCCCCAUUACUAGGAUGCAGCUCCUCUACAAAGAAGCGGAAAGGGAAGAUAGAUAUUGCAGAGACGUGCAAGGGAGUUGAAGACAACAACCUGAUAUCUAGUCAUCAACAGGAUGUUAAUAAUUCCAAUUCCUUAAAGAGGAAGGCGAAGAGGGCAGUGGAGGCUGACACUGGAAGUUCAGAUAUGGAAACUUCUGAACCACCUGUUUCAGAGGUGGGUGCAACUGAUAUGGAGCUGGAGAACAAGCCACAGAAAAAGGCAUUUACUUUAAUCACGCCUACUGUCCAUACAGGUUUCUCAUUUUCCAUAAUACAUCUUCUUUCAGCAGUUCGCUUGGCAAUGAUAACUCCACUGCCAGAGGAUACAUUAGAGGUUGGCAAGCCUGCAGAUGAGCAGAAUAAGAAUGAGGGUGUGAUGAAUGGAGUUCUUUCUUGUGAAAAGGUGGAUGUAGAGCAUGCUGGGGAAGUAAACGCGCCUUCUCUGACGGUUCAGGAGAUUGUCAACCGUGUGAGAUCAAACCCUGGAGAUCCUUGUAUUCUUGAGACGCAAGAGCCACUUCAAGACUUGGUGAGAGGAGUUUUGAAGAUAUUUUCAUCAAAAACAGCUCCGUUAGGGGCAAAGGGUUGGAAGACACUUGCAGUCUAUGAAAAAACUUCAAAAAGUUGGUCAUGGCUCGGUCCAGUUUCUCAUAGUUCGUCAGAUCAUGAGACCAUUGAGGAGGUCACAUCUCCCGAGGCUUGGGGUCUUCCUCACAAAAUGCUUGUCAAGUUGGUUGAUUCAUUUGCUAAUUGGCUAAAAAGUGGCCAAGAGACCCUUCAACAAAUAGGAAGUCUUCCUGCACCGCCUUUGGCACUGAUGCAGCUUAAUCUGGACGAGAAAGAAAGGUUCAGGGACCUAAGAGCUCAAAAGAGUCUUAACACCAUUAGCCCAAGUUCUGAAGAAGUGAGGGCUUAUUUCCGCAAGGAGGAAGUUCUUAGGUAUUCAAUUCCCGAUAGGGCCUUCUCUUAUAUUGGUGCCGAUGGUAGGAAAUCGAUUGUUGCUCCCUUGAGAAGGUGUGGCGGGAAGCCAACAUCAAAAGCCCGGGACCACUUUAUGCUGAAACGUGAUCGACCGCCACAUGUUACUAUCCUCUGUCUUGUAAGAGAUGCUGCUGCUAGAUUGCCUGGAAGUAUCGGGACUAGGGCAGAUGUUUGUACUUUGAUUAGGGACUCUCAGUACAUUGUUGAAGAUGUCUCUGACGCACAAGUUAAUCAAGUUGUUAGCGGAGCUCUAGAUCGUUUGCAUUAUGAACGGGAUCCCUGUGUACAAUUUGAUGGGGAAAGGAAAUUAUGGGUCUAUUUGCAUAGAGAAAGAGAAGAAGAAGAUUUUGAGGACGAUGGUACUUCAUCUACCAAGAAAUGGAAGAGACAGAAGAAAGAUGCUGCAGAGCAGGCUGAUCAAGGAGCAGUAACUGUGGCUUACCAUGGUACUGCAGAUCAAGCUGGAUAUGAUUUAUGCUCUGAUCUCAAUGCAGAGCCAUCGAGCGUUGAUGAUAAAGGUGUGGAAUUUGGAUGUGAUGAUGCGAGACAAAAUGUGGACGACAACGUUGAUCUCAAUCAAGAGUCCGAACAGGGCGAUAUGCGUGAGAGUCAUUCAAUGGUUUGGGAGGGUCUUGACCUAAAUCCCAUUCGAGAGAACAAAUUAUUGUGUCAGGAGAAUUCCACAAAUGAAGAUUUUGAUGAUGAAACAUUUGGGAGAGAAAGGCCAGUUGGGCUUUUAAGUGCAAGCUUAUCAUGAGGAAUCGUUUAGGGCCAGAAGUCGAGACACAUUUGAUGGCAUGGUCGUUCCAUGUUGGUGUGUACUACUAUCACCUUGAAGGUGCAUUAUUUUUUGCACUUGUAUAUUUUUCUUUUUCCGAUUAAAAAAGUUGCACUUGUAUAUUGAUUCAUUUCGUAUCUGCAAAUGUAGAAUUCUAGGUGCCUAAUCCGAGUCCCAUUGCGUCUGUUGGUUGGGGGGUAUCUAUAAGUUCGGGGAUCAUAAAUAAUUCCUUUUUUCCCUUAUAUCCCUUCUACAUAUGUGGAGGACAUAAUUCAUGUAAAUUUGCGUAAG